AUUUAUGUUUUUUUAAAUUAUACAAACUAUGGUAAUUUUUAAUUAGACUCAUUGAAUGUAGACACCGAUAUCAAACUAACGAGUUAUUUUGACAUGUAUUGUCCAAUAUGUGAUUAAAAAAGGGCUUGAUAUUACAGUAGAAUGCUCAGGUGAGAAACCUGAGAUUAUUGCCCUGAACAUUGCAGGAAUUAUAAUUUGAAGGUAGCCUUGAGUCAGAAUUUGAGAUCAGAACAUUCCAGUCACAGACAGACUUGCCAAGUUAUUUAUGAAAACAAAUCUUAUCCAACAUGAUUUCCUCACUCAAAAAGAAAAGACUCACUGAUAUACUGUAAGUAAACAUGCUCAAUUUUAAGAGAAUAUAAACAUGAUAGCCGAGUACACUCCUGAAAGCAUCAAUUGAAGUUUUGCAAGUACAAUGUUUGCAAAUUAAAACAAAGUAUAGUUUAUAGUAGGCCAAAGUAGUGCAGUGCUAGCCUACCACUAGGAGGCUCUGGGUUUGGUACCACCUAGUCCCAUCCCAUGUUGGUAAAUGGUGUAAAAACUCCUGCAAAAAUUCUCAUGUGAGAACCUGUCACAUUAGAACGAGGUUUUGGUCCUGGUUAGUACAUUACAUCCAGCCCUAUUUAAAUAAGAAGCCACAGUAGACGCAGUCUUUUACUUGUCAUGAAAAAGGUCAAAAAUGGCUCUUUAUGCAGUAUUGAAGUUUCUGUUAAAUCAUUUUAUUUUACUGCAGACGGAUCAAAAUGCUUGAAGAACAGUUUGUUUUCCAGUCAGUAAAUUAGCCGGUUCCUGACUUACUGUAUGAUUAUUAUUAUUACUGGAAUGUACUUGAUAAUCUGAUGUUAAGUGACCUGUAACCGAAAUUCAUGUCCAGUCUCUUUACAUUCUCCUCAUUUAUUAUCUUAACCAUCAUUCCCUUUGAUGAUCAAAGCUCAUAUAAGAUAUAGACAAGUGGAGCAAAUAAGCACCAGACUCUUAUUAGACUUUGCCUGUAGGAAUUAGCACACACUGCUGUGCAGAAAAUCAACACUCUGCUCUGUACAGUAUAUGGUAGUCAUGUAUUACUUAUCUCUGCCUAUGGUGUUAGCACGUCUUGUUUGUUGUGCUCCCUGCACCGUGAGUUCUUAUCAUUUCCCUGUGGUUCCGUUUUGUUACAAUGAUUGCAUUUUCCUUUUGUACAGAGCUGCCAAAUACUGUAUUAUUUAUCUUUUACAGUUACUUUUUUAUAUCAAUUGUUGCUUGUUCCUACCAUUCAUGUUACAAUUACAACUUUUUUAUGCAAAUCUUGUUUUUACAGAGUUUAUCUUUAUGUUUUGCUUUAUUCUACAUCUUUUGAAUGUCUUUUGAAUGAAUGUUAGUGCCACAUUUUUACCCCAAUUUUAUGUAAAAGUUUUGUUUUGUAAAAAAACUCAAAAAUUGUGAAUCUGCGGUUUACAACCUAAGGGGGGCAGUGUCUAGCAACAAAUUAAAUUGAGAAUCCGUCUGGCCAUUGAAACACACAUUGAAUAUUUAAUCAUGUACUAAAUUAGUCAAGAAUGAUAUUUGAUACCUGACAAAUAAGAAAAAUAUGUUUUUUGUAUUUCAUAAUUGUUCUAUUAUUUCAAAAGAUGGGUACAAGGGUUCCAGCAGGGGCCUCAAAUUAUUACCAUUAUUAAACAACUGCCUAUGAAAAAAACACUACUCCUUGCUCACUGUUUCAUCAGCAGGAGGUUGUGUGAAUGGUAUUAUGGAGUUAUUAUGCAUUUGUUAAUAAGGUAAGAGUGCACAAAAUAUUUGUUUGAAGAAGCUUGAAGAAGAAUGUCUUGGAAAAAGCAUCCCAGAACGGCCUGAGACAAUGGUAAAAAGCAGCAGGAUCAGAUCCAUCUGCGAGUGACAGGAUGAGGUGGAGGAAGAUGAAACACUGACCUUUGGAUGAAGGUCACGCAUUUUUAUUAUGACUAUUGUUGCUGUCAUCAUUAUUAUUAUUAUUAAUAUUAUUAUUAUUAAAUUGUUGUUGUUGCUCAACUAUAUCAUCGUUCCCAUCCCCCAGCUAAAAAUAAUAACAAGUGCAUGUGCGCAGCUCUGCGUCACGUGUAGGAGAAAGCCCCAACUAAAGUGAGGCUAUUAAAAAAAAUACUUGAAUGUAAUGAUUGAUAGCCCCGUUUAGCCAAUGGACAGCAUUAAUCCGGUCAGUAACAACGUAAAUACUGAGCGGUUUAUCCAAUCAGAGAGCAGCAGGGGCGGCCGCAGAGAAUGCUCUGUGUUUACUUCCGUCAAUAUUCCUGCACAGCUGGCAGGCAGAGGAGGGGAGGUGCAGGAUUGCGACAAAGGAGUCCUUUGCAUGUCAAGUGGAAAAUGCCUUUCAUUGGCAAGGACUGGAGAUCACCAGGUUUAAACUGGACAAAAACACAGCACGGGUGGAAGAAGACUGUCUGCUGUGCACAAGAGCUACAGGACAACAAUAGAGAAACAGAGCUGACAAAGCAGUGCACUGACAGAGAAAAUGUGGUCGUGAAAGAUGUUUGUGAGAUUGCCACCACAAAGUGGAAAAAAGAGUUUAACAACAACAACACCAGAUCUCACAUGGGUUUCUCCAAUGAUAAAUGGGUCUUUGUGUUCCCAGACACUACAAAAGAAGUGAGUUCUCCACUCUUGAUUUUAAUCUUUGUUUUUAAAUCUUUUUGCUUCACACUAUGUUAUGUUUUGUACAUUUUUGUCACACAGCGACAAACAUACAGCACACUGGGCGAAGUACUGAACCGUCUGGACUUUUCAAGUGCCAUUCAAGAUUUGAGAAGAUUUAACUAUGUCGCAAAACUUUUUCAGCUGAUAGCCAGGUCCCAGCUGUGUUCAUUGAGUGGAGGUGCGCAAAAAAACUACUUUAAUAUACUGGAAAAGAUUGUAAAAAAAGUCCUGGAGGAUCACUACAAUCCUCGCCUUGUCAAAGACCUGCUGCAGGAUUUGAGUCAGACGCUGCAUGAGCUGACCAUCCAUUUGGGUAGAAGUAUCCUGGUGGGCAACGUCCACAUCUGGUUGGGUCGACUGGUGACUAUUAAAGAAUGGCAACAACAACUUAACAACCUGGAGAUUCCUAAGAAUGCAUCCACUAGUUUGACCUUUGAUGACCUUCCAGUACCAAUGCAGGACAAGAUAAUUUGCCACCUAUCAGAUGCACGUGACAUCAUAAACCUAGGGCAAACCACACCUACUCUGUUGCGCCUCAGUGAAAAUAAGAUGCUGUGGAAGAAACUGUGUUACUUUCACUUUUCAAACAAAAAGUACUGUGGGGACUUGGUUUUGACCAAAAGUGACAACGUGGACUGGAAGCUGAUGUACUUCACCCUAAGGCAGCAUUAUCCUGUGAAAGAGCACUUCGGUGACACCCUGCACUUCUGCACCCACUGCUGCAUCCUCUUCUGGAAGGAUUGCCACCUGACUUUGUUCCUAAAGGUACUUUCCGUCCCAUCAUGCCUUUCUUUGUCAUCAGUAACGUCAUCUUUUGGCUUGUGUUGGCUUCUGUCUUGUAGUGUCUGGUGUUUUUUGUCAUCACUUUUCACUUCAGGUGUGUUUGGUCAACAGACUACAGGCUGAUUGGUCACUGUUACCACAUCCCAUUCAGUGUUGUUGUGUCCUAUAAAAAUAAAUCACUUGUCCUUUAGUCUGACACGGAUGUUUCUCGUUAUAUCUUACUAACUGCUGAUGUGAGUAGCUUGGUUUGUUUACAGUUGUUCUGCAGUAAAUCGGUUCAUCGUCCUACAUCUAUGUGCUGUGAAAACAAAUCUUCAUUUCUCUGUGUUCCAGGACAGUGGCCAUCCGUGUUCAGCCAAAGAUCCAGAGAGCUGCUUCAUGCCCAUCUCUCCGCAGCACUUUAUUAACCUUUUCAGGUCCUAAAAUCUCCAUGUUGCCCUUUAGGUCAAACAUCCGUUACCAAGAGUGUACAAAGGUUUGCUUUUUUUGUUUUUGUUUUUUACAGAAAAACAAAGGGCUGUUUAGAAAGAGAAUUUUUUUUAAAUGUCUACAUGUCGUUACGCACAAAUGUUUUCCAUAAAAAAAGUAUAGAGCAAGAAUAAUUUAAAACAAUAAAGAAUGUUGUCUCAGCAAUAAGUGACAUUUCACAGAUUUUUGUUUUCCUGAAAAAAGCUUCACUUUACUGCAGAUAUAAUAAUUAAAAUGUAAAUGUUUCCAGGACAUUGAUUAUCUUUGGGUAAAAAGUUUGUUUGUUUGUUCAUGUUUGUGGAGUGUUGAUGAUAGACACUGACAGAUGGUCAGAAUAAGGUGAUGUUUUAUUUAAACUGUUAAUGACUUGUGAUGGUGAUGGUAUUUUAACAACUGACUGCAUGUUGUGUGUAGGUCUGUGUUUACAUCCUGGUUGUCCAUUAUGAUUUCUUACGCAGGGAAAGACGACAACACAAAUAGGAAACUGUUAGAGUCUAACAGUUAGACUCACUCCUUUCUGCUGGACUGUUGUUACGUGCGCACGACCAAAUGACUUUGGUCCAACGGUCUGUGACAGACAGAGGAGAUUUAAAUACGUAUUUAUAGGGAGAGGGGACUUUUUUUGUAAACAUACUACUUUUGUGAUAAUGCUCUACUCUUCCUCUUCUCUUUGUGGUUCUGUUAUGACUUUUGUUGUAAAGGGAACUCAGUCACUACUGAAUGACAAUAA